CUCUAUUUGCUGGGUGCCGAAGGUGGGAGCGGGUCCGGGGGAGCUAAGAUGCCGGCGGAGCGGCAGCGCUGGGAGACCCUGGAGGCGCUGAAGUGCUCCAGCAAAGGGCAGCUGAGCUACUGCCCUGACUGGCCGCGGGGCGAGGAUAUUUUGGAAGGAUGCAAGCCCCCUCUGAAGCUGUCUUCUUAUUCUGGCUGGGUUCUGGCUCGAGUGAAUGCCCAGUCUAUACAGGAAACUCCUGUCUCCAGAAGUUCUACGCCUAAUGAAUCCACUCCCCAGAAAGACCAGCUGUCCUCUCUUGUAAAAACUGCUUCUCCUGCCAGCCAGCUAGGCUCCUCUCCACUUUCAUCUCCGGCACUGAGUGAAACAAAGACCGAUGAGAAUGUUAAUCUGCUGGAGACUAGCUACAAAGCCUGUCCUGUGGUGUUGCCAUCUAAAGUUACAGAGAUAGAAGGCUGCAUACGGAUGUAUGAGGAGGUUCACAGAUUAAAAGGAAAGGAGGGUCUCAGACAGCGGCAGGAGCAGCAAGAGCAGUUGGCAAAGGCAGUCUCUGACAUGGCAAAUGAACAGCUGAAGCGCUUUGAUGAGCUGAAGGAGUUAAAACAGCAUCAGGAAUACCAGGACCUGCAGGAAGUGAUGGAGAAAAGCUCCAAGGAAGCUCAAGGACAGCAGGAGAAGUUGAAAGAGGAGCAUCGACACAGAGCAAAGAUUUUAAACCUGAAGCUGUGUGAGGCUGAACAGCAGAGGCAACAUCAGGAGGAAAUGGAGCGCCUUCGGAAGGAGGAAGGCCAGGAGAGGUUGCGCCGCCUCUAUUCCAUCCAGGAAGAGGUGCUCCAGCUUAACCAGCAGAUUGAUCCCAAUUACAGGCACAAAGACUUGCCAAGGAUAGACUUCUCGGCAUACAGUAACCGUGGUAACCAGAUCUGUGGGCUCGUGUCAGGGCUCAUUCGCACCACCAGUGAGAGAGGAUUCCCUUCUCCUGUAGAUGUGGUCAACACUGAGCGAGUACUGCAGGAAAUGCGAGGGUUAAUUUCUAGCAUGCAGCAGGAAAUUGCUGCAGCAGUGGAAGAGAAAAAGAGGAGGGAUGAAGAAGAGGAGAGAGAGAGGCAGAAAGAGCUACAGAAAAAAGAGCAGCUGAAGGCUCAGGCUCCAGUCCCUGCUCAACAUCCGGGGGGGAAACAGCAGAAAGAAGCUUCCUUAGGACUUCAAACUAAAGCUGAGGAGAGCACAAUGCAGUGGUAUCAGGAGCUUCAGGACACUGCUGACCAGUGUGUUUCUUCCUUCAGUGGGAUUGCAGACUGCAAAGACAAUCAGGUGAAGAAGAUCAAGAUGGAUCUCCAGAAGGCAGCCACUAUCCCCGUGAGUCAAAUUUCCACCAUAGCAGGCUCUCAGUUGAGAGAGAUAUUUGACAAGAUCAAUAACCUGCUCUCUGGGAAGUCUGUGCAAUCUGGAGGGCGAAUGGUAUCAGUGACUCAGCAUCCACAGGGCCUGGAUUUUGUUUAUUACAAACUGGCAGAGAAAUUUGUGAAACAAGGAGAGGAAGAAGUGGCUUCUCACCAUGAAGCAGCUUUCCCAAUUGCUGUGGUAGCUUCAGGAAUCUGGGAGAUACACCCCAGGGUGGGAGACCUCAUCUUAGCUCACCUGCAUAAAAAGUGUCCCUAUUCUGUGCCAUUUUACCCUGCAUUCAAGGAGGGGACUUCAAUGGAAGAUUAUCAACGGACACUUGGUUACCAAGUUACGGAUUCUAAAGUAGAACAGCAAGAUAAUUUCCUUAAGCGGAUGUCUGGAAUGAUCCGUCUUUAUGCUGCUAUUAUUCAACUCCGGUGGCCUUAUGGAAACAAACAGGGGACACACCCUCAUGGGCUGAAUCAUGGAUGGCGCUGGCUCGCUCAGAUGCUGAACAUGGAGCCUCUGGCUGAUGUGACGGCUACCCUUCUCUUUGAUUUCUUAGAGGUGUCUGGCAAUGCUCUCAUGAAACAGUACCAGGUACAGUUCUGGAAAAUGAUGCUCCUUAUUCGCGAAGACUAUUUUCCCAGGAUUGAAGCAAUCACCAGCUCUGGACAGAUGGGUUCUUUAAUGCGAUUCAAGCAGUUCUUGGAGAAAAUGGAUCCAAGUGGGGUAAAAGUGCUGGAAACAGCAGAGGACAUCCAAGAAAGGCGCCAGCAAGUCUUGGACCGGUACCACAGGUUCAAGGAAUUGUCUUCUCUGAGGCGCCAAAAACUUGAAGAUUCCUAUCGAUUCCAGUUUUUCCAACGUGAUGCAGAUGAGCUGGAAAAAUGGAUCCAGGAGAAACUCCAAAUUGCAUCUGAUGAGAAUUACAAAGACCCAACCAAUCUACAGGGAAAACUGCAGAAACACCAGGCCUUUGAAGCUGAGGUUCAGGCCAAUUCAGGGGCAAUCAUUAAACUGGACGAAACUGGAAAUCAGAUGAUUAAUGAAGGGCAUUUUGCAUCUGAAACUAUAAGAACUCGACUACAGGAACUUCAUCGACUGUGGGAGCUUCUGCUCGAGAAAAUGCGGGAGAAGGGAGUCAAACUACUACAAGCACAGAAGCUGGUGCAGUACUUAAGAGAAUGUGAAGAUGUUUUGGACUGGAUCAUUGACAAGGAGGCAAUAGUGACAUCGGAGGAGCUGGGCCAGGACCUGGAGCAUGUUGAGGUUUUACAAAAGAAAUUUGAAGAGUUUCAGACAGACCUGGCAGCCCAUGAAGAAAGAGUUAAUGAAGUGAACCAAUUUGCUGGUAAACUAAUCCAGGAACAACACCCCGAGGAGGAAAUGAUCAAAGCUAAACAGGAUGAAGUAAAUGCAAGUUGGCAACGCCUUAAGGGACUAGCCCUUCAAAGGCAGGGGAAACUCUUUGGAGCAGCUGAAGUUCAGCGCUUUAAUCGGGAUGUGGAUGAAACCAUAGGCUGGAUUAAAGAGAAAGAACAACUCAUGGCCUCCGAUGAUUUUGGUAGAGACUUAGCCAGCGUGCAGGCUCUGCUACGCAAGCAUGAGGGCCUGGAGCGAGACCUUGCAGCCCUGGAAGACAAGGUAAAGGCUCUGUGUGCAGAAGCUGACCGGCUGCAGCAAUCGCACCCAAUAAACGCUUCUCAGAUACAAGUGAAACGGGAGGAGCUGAUCACAAAUUGGGAACAGAUCCGCACUCUGGCAGCAGAGAGGCAUGCUCGCCUGAAUGACUCCUACAGACUUCAGCGCUUCCUUGCUGACUUCCGUGACCUCACUAGCUGGGUGACUGAAAUGAAGGCUCUAAUUAAUGCUGAUGAACUUGCAAAUGAUGUGGCUGGAGCUGAAGCCCUGCUUGACAGGCACCAGGAGCAUAAGGGUGAAAUCGAUGCCCAUGAAGACAGUUUUAAGUCUGCUGAUGAGUCUGGUCAAUCCUUGCUGGCUGCUGGGCACUAUGCCUCUGAUGAAGUUAAAGAAAAGCUGACCAUCCUUUCAGAUGAAAGAGCUGCCCUCCUAGAGCUGUGGGAACUUCGCAGACAGCAGUAUGAACAAUGUAUGGACCUACAGCUCUUCUACAGAGACACAGAACAAGUGGAUAACUGGAUGAGCAAGCAAGAAGCAUUCCUCCUAAAUGAAGACCUAGGUGAUUCUCUGGACAGUGUUGAGGCUCUGCUAAAGAAGCAUGAGGACUUUGAGAAAUCCCUCAGUGCACAGGAGGAGAAAAUCACAGCACUGGAUGAAUUUGCUACUAAACUGAUUCAGAAUAACCAUUAUGCCAUGGAUGACGUUGCUACACGCAGAGAUGCUCUGCUGAGUCGGCGGAAUGCACUGCAUAACAGAGCUAUGUGCCGCCGUGCCCAACUAGAAGACUCGUUCCAUUUGCAGCAGUUUUUCCGAGACUCUGAUGAACUAAAGAGUUGGGUCAAUGAAAAAAUGAAAACUGCAACAGACGAGGCUUACAAGGACCCAUCAAACCUGCAAGGAAAAGUUCAGAAACAUCAAGCUUUUGAGGCAGAGCUUUCUGCAAAUCAAAGUCGCAUUGAUGCUUUGGAGAAAGCUGGCCAGAAGUUGAUUGAUGUGAAACACUAUGCAUCAGAUGAAGUGGCAGCUCGCAUGAAUGAAGUCAUCAGCUUGUGGAAAAAGCUCCUGGAGGCUACUGAGCUCAAAGGAAUAAAGCUGAGAGAAGCCAACCAGCAGCAGCAAUUUAACCGCAAUGUGGAAGACAUUGAGCUAUGGUUGUAUGAGGUGGAGGGACAUUUGGCUUCUGAUGAUUAUGGAAAAGAUCUUACCAAUGUUCAGAACCUUCAGAAGAAACAUGCUUUGCUGGAGGCAGAUGUUACUGCUCACCAGGAUCGUAUUGAUGGUAUUACCAUCCAAGCUCGUCAGUUCCAGGAGGCUGGACACUUUGAUGCUGACAAUAUCAAGAAGAAACAAGAAGCUUUAGUGGCUCGCUACGAAGCACUGAAGGAUCCCAUGGUAGCUCGCAAGCAGAAGCUUGCUGACUCUCUCCGCCUGCAGCAACUUUUCCGUGAUGUUGAAGAUGAAGAAACCUGGAUUAGAGAGAAGGAACCUAUUGCAGCUUCCACAAACCGAGGCAAAGAUUUAAUUGGUGUCCAGAACCUGCUAAAAAAACAUCAAGCCUUGCAGGCAGAAAUUGCAGGCCAUGAACCUCGUAUUAAAGCAGUCACCCAGAAAGGAAAUGCGAUGGUGGAAGAAGGACACUUUGCUGCUGAGGAUGUAAAAAUCAAAUUGAAUGAACUGAACCAGAAAUGGGAAUCACUUAAAGCAAAGGCAUCUCAGAGGCGACAAGAUUUGGAGGACUCCUUGCAAGCACAGCAGUACUUUGCUGAUGCUAAUGAAGCUGAGUCAUGGAUGAGGGAGAAGGAGCCCAUUGUAGGCAGCACGGACUAUGGAAAAGACGAGGACUCCGCUGAGGCUCUUCUGAAAAAACAUGAGGCAUUGAUGUCAGAUCUCACCGCAUAUGGCAGUAGCAUACAGGCUCUGAGGGAGCAGGCUCAGUCUUGCAGGCAACAAGUUGCCCCUACUGAUGAUGAAACUGGCAAAGAGCUGGUCCUGGCACUCUAUGAUUACCAGGAAAAGAGUCCCCGUGAGGUCACAAUGAAAAAGGGAGACAUCCUGACACUGCUCAAUAGUACUAACAAGGACUGGUGGAAGGUGGAAGUUAAUGACCGUCAGGGUUUUGUACCAGCUGCUUAUGUGAAAAAGCUAGACCCUGCCCAGUCUGCCUCCCGAGAGAAUCUCCUGGAAGAGCAGGGCAGCAUAGCAUUGCGGCAGGAGCAAAUUGACAACCAGACUCUCAUAACUAAGGAAGUCGGCAGUGUAUCUCUACGUAUGAAACAGGUCGAAGAACUAUACCACUCUCUGCUUGAGCUGGGGGAGAAGCGCAAAGACAUGCUGGAAAAAAGCUGCAAAAAGUUCAUGCUUUUCCGUGAGGCUAAUGAGCUGCAGCAGUGGAUCAAUGAGAAGGAAGCUGCACUCACCAAUGAGGAGGUGGGAGCUGAUUUAGAGCAGGUGGAGGUACUGCAGAAGAAAUUUGAUGACUUCCAGAAGGAUCUGAAAGCCAAUGAAUCACGCCUAAAGGAUAUCAACAAAGUUGCGAAUGACCUGGAAUCAGAAGGGCUGAUAGCAGAAGAAGUACAGGCAGUACAGCAGCAGGAAGUCUAUGGCAUGAUGCCCAGGGAUGAAACUGAUUCUAAGACUGCUUCACCUUGGAAGUCUGCCCGUCUGAUGGUACACACAGUGGCUACCUUUAAUUCCAUCAAGGAGCUGAAUGAGCGCUGGAGAUCUCUGCAGCAACUAGCAGAAGAGCGAAGCCAGCUGCUGGGCAGUGCCCAUGAAGUUCAGCGAUUCCACAGAGAUGCCGAUGAAACUAAGGAAUGGAUUGAAGAGAAGAAUCAGGCAUUAAAUACAGACAACUAUGGACAUGAUCUGGCCAGUGUGCAGGCCCUGCAGCGCAAACAUGAAGGUUUUGAGAGAGACCUGGCAGCUCUUGGAGACAAGGUCAACUCUCUUGGAGAGACUGCACAGCGCCUAAUCCAGUCACACCCGGAGUCUGCCGAAGACCUUCAAGAAAAGUGUACUGAGUUGAACCAGGCCUGGAGCAGCCUGGGAAAACGUGCUGAUCAGCGCAAAGAGAAGCUUGGGGACUCUCAUGAUCUCCAGCGUUUCCUCAGUGACUUCAGGGACCUCAUGUCUUGGAUUAAUGGAAUCCGGGGCUUGGUGUCCUCAGAUGAACUGGCAAAGGAUGUGACAGGAGCUGAGGCUCUGCUGGAAAGGCACCAGGAACAUCGCACUGAAAUAGACGCCAGGGCUGGCACUUUCCAGGCAUUUGAACAAUUUGGUCAACAACUCUUGGCUCGCGGGCACUAUGCCAGUCCAGAGAUUAAGGAGAAACUGGAUAUUCUGGAUCAGGAACGGGCAGACCUGGAGAAAGCCUGGGUCCAGCGCAGAAUGAUGUUGGACCAGUGUCUAGAAUUACAGCUGUUUCAUCGGGACUGUGAACAGGCUGAAAACUGGAUGGCUGCCCGUGAGGCUUUCCUGAACACAGAAGAUAAAGGUGACACUUUAGACAGUGUUGAGGCUCUCAUCAAGAAACACGAGGACUUUGAUAAAGCAAUCAAUGUCCAGGAAGAAAAAAUUGCUGCUCUUCAGGCUUUUGCUGACCAACUGAUUUCUGCGGACCACUAUGCGAAAGGUGUUAUUUCUAACAGACGUGAUGAGGUUCUGGACAGGUGGCGUCGCCUGAAGGCCCAGAUGAUUGAGAAGAGGUCUAAGCUGGGAGAAUCUCAGACCCUCCAGCAGUUCAGCCGUGAUGUUGAUGAAAUAGAGGCCUGGAUCAGUGAAAAGCUCCAAACUGCAAGUGAUGAAUCAUACAAGGAUCCCACAAAUAUCCAGCUUUCCAAACUGUUGAGCAAACACCAGAAACAUCAGGCCUUCGAAGCUGAACUUCAUGCUAAUGCAGACCGGAUCCGUGGAGUCAUUGACAUGGGGAAUUCUUUGAUCGAUCGGGGAGCGUGUGCUGGCAGUGAAGAUGCAGUAAAGGUGCGCCUAGCUGCUCUGGCUGACCAGUGGCAAUUCCUGGUGCAGAAAUCGGCAGAGAAGAGCCAAAAGCUGAAAGAAGCCAACAAACAGCAGAAUUUCAAUACUGGAAUCAAAGACUUUGAUUUCUGGCUUUCAGAGGUGGAAGCCCUGCUUGCAUCUGAAGACUAUGGGAAGGACCUGGCAUCCGUGAACAACCUUCUGAAGAAACACCAACUGCUGGAAGCUGAUAUAUCUGCCCAUGAAGAUCGCUUGAAGGACCUGAAUGGCCAAGCUGACAGCUUGAUGACCAGCAGCGCUUUCGACACUUCCCAGGUGAAGGACAAGCGUGACACCAUUAAUGAACGCUUCCAGCGGAUCAAGAGUAUGGCAGCAGCCCGGCGUGCAAAACUAAAUGAGUCCCACCGUUUGCAUCAGUUCUUCCGGGAUAUGGAUGAUGAGGAGUCCUGGAUCAAGGAAAAGAAACUGCUGGUUAGCUCAGAGGACUAUGGCAGAGACCUUACUGGAGUGCAGAACCUAAGGAAGAAACACAAACGUCUGGAAGCAGAACUGGCUGCUCAUGAGCCUGCCAUCCAGGGUGUACUGGACACUGGGAAGAAACUGUCAGAUGAUAACACAAUUGGAAAGGAGGAGAUACAGCAGAGACUGGCUCAAUUUGUGGAGCACUGGAAGGAGUUAAAGCAGCUGGCAUCUGCACGUGGCCAACGUCUAGAAGAGUCUCUGGAGUACCAGCAAUUUGUGGCCAACGUUGAGGAAGAAGAAGCCUGGAUUAAUGAGAAAAUGACACUGGUAGCCAGCGAAGACUAUGGAGACACACUUGCUGCUAUCCAGGGAUUGCUAAAAAAGCAUGAAGCAUUUGAAACCGACUUCACUGUGCACAAGGACAGAGUAAAUGAUGUUUGUGCUAAUGGAGAAGACCUCAUUAAGAAGAACAAUCACCAUGAAGAGAACAUCACAGCCAAGAUGAAAGGCCUGAGGGACAAAGUGUCAGAUCUAGAGAAGGCAGCAGCUCAAAGGAAGGCCAAGCUGGAUGAGAAUUCUGCCUUCCUUCAGUUCAACUGGAAGGCCGAUGUUGUGGAGUCCUGGAUAGGUGAGAAGGAAAACAGUCUGAAAACAGAUGACUAUGGGCGAGAUCUCUCCUCUGUGCAAACACUCCUCACCAAGCAGGAAACUUUUGAUGCUGGUCUUCAGGCUUUCCAGCAGGAAGGAAUUGCAAAUAUCACUGCACUGAAAGACCAGCUACUGGCAGCCAAACACAUCCAGUCAAAGGCCAUUGAGGUCCGACAUGCUUCUCUGAUGAAACGCUGGAACCAGCUGCUGGCCAACUCUGCUGCCCGGAAGAAGAAACUCCUGGAGGCUCAGGAGCACUUCAGAAAGGUUGAGGAUCUAUUCCUGACUUUUGCAAAGAAGGCAUCUGCCUUUAACAGCUGGUUUGAGAAUGCAGAGGAAGACCUGACUGACCCUGUGCGCUGUAACUCACUGGAAGAAAUCAAGGCCCUGCGAGAGGCUCAUGAUGCUUUCCGCUCUUCGCUUAGCUCUGCCCAGGCUGACUUCAACCAGUUGGCUGAGCUGGACCGCCAGAUCAAGAGCUUCCGUGUAGCUUCCAACCCAUACACUUGGUUCACUAUGGAGGCUCUUGAGGAGACCUGGAGGAAUUUGCAGAAAAUCAUCAAGGAGCGUGAGUUAGAACUGCAGAAGGAACAGAGGAGGCAGGAGGAGAAUGAUAAAUUGCGCCAAGAGUUUGCUCAACAUGCUAAUGCUUUCCACCAGUGGAUUCAGGAGACCAGGACUUAUCUGCUAGAUGGCAUAGCAUAUCGUCGUGUCAUUCGUGUCUAUCAGUAUGAAGUUGGGGAUGAUCUAUCUGGAAGGUCUUGUAUGGUGGAGGAGUCUGGGACCCUGGAAUCACAGCUGGAAGCUACUAAGCGGAAGCACCAAGAGAUCCGGGCAAUGAGGAGUCAGCUGAAGAAAAUUGAGGACCUUGGAGCAGCCAUGGAAGAGGCACUGAUCUUGGAUAAUAAAUACACAGAACACAGCACUGUAGGGCUGGCACAGCAGUGGGACCAACUUGACCAGCUAGGGAUGAGAAUGCAACACAACCUGGAACAGCAGAUACAAGCUAGAAACACAACUGGAGUCACUGAAGAGGCCCUGAAGGAGUUCAGCAUGAUGUUCAAACACUUCGACAAGGAUAAAUCUGGUCGACUCAAUCACCAGGAGUUCAAAUCCUGCUUGCGUUCUCUAGGCUAUGACCUGCCUAUGGUUGAGGAAGGGGAACCAGACCCAGAAUUCGAAUCUAUUCUUGACACUGUGGAUCCAAACAGGGACGGGCAUGUCUCACUGCAGGAGUACAUGGCAUUUAUGAUCAGCCGAGAAACUGAAAAUGUUAAAUCCAGCGAGGAAAUAGAAAGCGCUUUCCGUGCCCUUAGCUCGGAGGGCAAACCCUAUGUGACCAAGGAGGAGCUCUACCAAAACCUGACUCGGGAACAAGCAGAUUACUGUAUCUCUCACAUGAAGCCCUACAUGGACAGCAAGGGCAGAGAACUUCCUUCUGCUUAUGACUACAUAGAAUUUACACGUUCACUCUUUGUGAAUUGAUACAAAGCACUAGCACUAAAAGAUGCAAAGAACGUGCUCGCGUUUGCUGACUAUAGCUCUGCAUGCGUCUCUUUGUGCUCUCUCUCCAAUAAUCAAUGUUACUUUAUGAUGUAACCUUUAAACUGCUUAGCUUAAACCCCUUAGGAAAAAACAAGUAUUGCAGUGUGCUUCAAUAAAAGUUACUGGUCCAAACUGGA